GUGGGCAGGGCUGGGAGAGGCCUGGAUGUCUAUAUUAAAAUCAGGCAGCAGCCUAUAGAUCACUCAGUCUCUAUAUAUAGGUCUAGAAAAUCCACCCUAGAGUUAUCUGCAAACAGUUCUGAACCACAGCUCUAUCAAGAGAGUAUCAAGAUGGCUGAAGAGACAGUUACCACAGAGAUGGAUAUCCAAGACCCCAUUGUGUUCCUUACUUCACUAAGAAAAGCAUGCCCAGAUGUCAUCUCACUGCUUAAUUCCAAGCAGGCCAGGCUGUUGAGCAAGUCACCAACUGAGCCGUAUGAUCCUAAGGACAUCAAUGAGCAAUACUUGGUGGACAUGGCAUCGUUCUUUGGAAUGAAUCAGAGGGUUGAGGACGCAGAGCGAGCACUCCGGACCCACCUCCUUGUACCCAAUAAAGUGAAGGAAGAGGUGGAUGUGGCUAGCUUCAUUAUCAAGAUCCAGGUCUUAGGAAAGAUUUCCAAACAAUUUGAGAAGGUCAUUACCUCGAAAGUCAAGGCCACGGUCAAGGAACACGGAGAACUGUUUCUCCCACGCAUCAUCCGUCUGUGCAAGAAGUUAGAAUUCACCGAAAACGAGACAAGAAUCGCGACCUAUUCGCUUGUCAUACAGUCCGGCUACGAUCGUGAUGGGCGUUUGAGCGGAUACGGAGCAGACGUCCUCUCCACCUGUCAGUUCCUCAGCAUCCCUCUACAAGAAAUGCUCGUCUUCUUGGAUCAAGAGCGCAAGCACAUGCAACAAGGCUUCUUCCCCGAUGUGCAGGACAGCUACAUCCUCAACAGCAGCGUGACCUACGACUCUGACUUCUGCAAAGCUCUAAUGGGGACGCAACUGAAGGCAACAGAGUUCCUUAAGAUAGAGCAGACAAUACUGGCUGACGUGAUAGCAGAGGAACCUGGUAACCAACACUACCGAGAGGAGGACAUCACCUCCCCCACCACUGGCAAAGAUGACCAACCUGAGGUUACCCCUGGUGACGAGACUCCACCCACAAUAGACGAGGACGAGAGUGAAGACCCAGCACAUCCCAUGGCUAUUCCAGUGGACACAGCCGAGGAUCAUGACCCAACACUGGAAACACCAGCUGCAAAGGUGAAGUUGCCCAAGGUCAAAGCUGGUGCUGAAGAUGAGAUGGAUUUGGACCAGUUGUUGAGGCAAGAAAGAGCGAGAGAAAAACAACGGAAGGAGGAUGGGGUCGAGGAAGACGAGCCGGAAGUGUCAGUGGAAGAUGAGGACACUGAUAAGUUGAAGCCAUACAAGAAGGAUCUCGACUAUCUGGACGAUCAUUUCCAGCUGAUAGGGUUCAAACUAAAGGUCAAGGGGAUGGACACGCGUAUAGAGAUGGAGGAGCAGUACGAUGAUGGCUACCGUCAGAACCAGCGCUAUCAGCGACAGAGGAGAGAGGCGGUGACAAAGGCCAAGGUGCAGGAGAAGAAGUGUGCCAAGAGGCUCACGCUGACGAGGGCUAACGGGUCGUGGUUGCCUCGUCUCGAGAGAAUGGUGGAGUCUCGUAAACUGUGUGACUUUGAGAAGAAUGUGCUCUUGUUGCUCAUUGGGAGCGUCAUACAACCAAACAAGUUCCAGAACUUCGAGGUUCGGAUCAGCCCUAACUUCGCCCAGGUGGGGGAGGUGCUGCGUAUCUUCUGUGAGGACCUGGAGGAACAGAUACAGCAUCGGAGGUACUUCUACAAGAGCUCCUCUCUGGUGCACGAGGGAAUGAUAGUGGUCCAGAACAGUGGCCUCACUGGAGAUACCACCAGCGCCACCGUUGAGAUAGAUCGACGAAUGCUUGACUUCUGUGUGGGUCUGGAUACUGAGUUCUCUGAGAUCGUGGAGGGAUCUCAUCUCUACUUCCCCAAGACCAAGUUUGACUCUGUCAUCCUCCCCAAAGAAAAGAAGGAGUUGAUAUUAUCGACAGUGAGCAACUUCGAAGCGUACAAGAGAUGUCGCAAGAAGAUGGGUCUUGAUGAUGUCAUCACGUAUGGAGCUGGGAUGGUGCUGUUGUUCCAUGGACCACCUGGCACUGGCAAGACCAUGAUGGCCAACGCACUCGCUAACAAACUGGGCAAGAAAGUGCUUCUUAUCAACUUCCCAUCUCUUGGCUCAAUGACGGCUGGUGAGAACUUCAAGUUCAUCUUCCGAGAGUCAAAGAUCAACGACGCCAUCUUGUUCUUUGAUGAGUGUGAGGCCAUCUUUGAGAGUCGGGAACUUGGCGGACACAGCGUCAACCUCCUGCUCACUGAGAUAGAGAGACAUGAUGGUCUAAUCAUCCUGGCCACCAAUCGACCUUAUGACCUUGAUGAAGCCAUGCAUCGGCGCAUCAUGGUUGCCAUAGAGUUCCGACAACCUGACCACCUCCUCCGCAAGACUAUCUGGCAGACCCACCUUCCAGAGCAGAUGAUACUGGCUGACGAUGUAGACCUGACUGAGCUGGCUCUGAGGUUUGAGUUGACUGGUGGGUUCAUCAAGAACGCCAUUCUCUCUGCUCUCUCCAUAGCCGUGUCACGUGAUGGCGACGCCCCCAUCGUGGAACAGAAGGACCUCCUCCAGGGAGCUAACCUACAGCUCAGGGGUAGACUCAGGAUGAAGGACUUUGAUCGACGAGUGGUACCAAACGCUGGACUGGAUGAGAUCAUUGUGGAGGAUGAUAUCAUGAGACAACUCAAGGAGAUCGUGCAGUUUGAGAAGGCCAGGGCUGUCUUGUUUGGUCAGUGGGGCUUUGCUCGUCGCAACCAUCAGAACCUCACCAUUCUCCUGCAUGGCCCACCGGGUACUGGUAAGUCAGUACUAGCAGAGGCCAUUGGCUACGAGGUGGGGAAGCCACUCAAGGUAGUCAACUGUGGUGAGCUGCUCAGCAAGUGGGUGGGAGAGAGCUCCAAGAAUAUUGACUCCAUAUUUGCUGAGGGUCGACAAAGCGACGCCAUCUUGGUGUUCGAUGAAGCAGAGGGUCUGUUCGGACAGAGGACUGAAAUGAGUACGUCUACAGAUCGCUAUGCCAACGUGGAUGUGGGGGUGCUCCUCUACCAUAUUGAGCGAUACACUGGUAUCAUCAUCCUCACCACCAACCUCAUCCAGAACAUUGACAAGGCAUUCUUCAGACGCCUCCGCUACAUCCUGCAGCUUGACGUGCCUUCCCAGGAACUCAGGGUCAAACUCUGGAAGCUGAUUAUUCCCGAGGAGGCACCACUGGCUGAUGACGUUGAUUACCAGAAGCUGGCACAGUUUGAAAUGGCUGGUGGGAACAUGAAGGGGGCGGUGUUUAGAGCAGCUGCAAGAGCAGCACUCAGGGAUGAAGAGGAUCGUAGGAUCACACUCCAGGAUCUAAUGGAGGCAGCUCAGGAGGAGGUGGGCAAAGCCACACCCAGGAUGGGGUUCAGGAGGCAGGACUCUGAUGCUGCCAGAAUGUUCAAUUAAACCACUCUCAUACAAUAUUUAGAUGAGCAAUAGACUGACUGAUUAUUUUAUAGGAGUUCUUUGGAUAUUUUUAAUACCGUGUUGUUAUUGUAUUUUAACUUUCCUCAUUUUUAUAACGAUUGAAAAUUUAAAAAUC